UUGGCUGCCGCCCUUACGUGGCCGCCGUCUCACUGUACAUUCAUAUCAUUUUUCUUCUGGCCCCCAUGGAGGAAGUGAGAAAGUUGGCACGGUCACCCAGGACUCCGAAGAGCCGGUCAAUCGGUGAUAGAUGGACACGGCGAGGAUGAAUUCCUUCCUCGAUUAUCCGCCCAUCCUCAACGGCGAGUCCUCCACUUGCUCCUCCCGUGCCUACCACCACCACCACCACCAUCACCACCACCACGCCGACCAUGGGAUUACAAGCACCUUCCAGUCGUGCGCGGUCAGUGCCAACAGCUGCAACGGGGACGACCGCUUCCUGGUGGGCAGGGGGGUCCCGAUAAGCCCCCAUCCCCACCACCAGACUGGAACCGCCUACCAGCACCAUCCCAACCUGGGGAUGUCCUACUCGCACCCCACUUAUGGGGCACAGAACUUCAGCACAGGGGGCUACAGCCACUACCCACUCAGCCAAGAGGCAGAGAUUAAUGGGGGCUACCCCCAGUGCGCCCCUGCCCUCUACUCUGGCGGAAACGUCUCGUCGUCCAUGGUCCAGCACCCUCAGGGUUAUGCUGGGGGCACAGCCAGCUCUGCUCAAUAUAUCCACCCCUCUUAUGGAGAAGAGCAGCAGAACUUAACCCUAACCAGUUACAGUCACCCCUUGUCGCCUCUCCACUCGAACCACCAGGAAAACUGUGGCUCCCCUUCUUCGGAGACCUCACCUCCAGCCCAGACUUUCGACUGGAUGAAAGUGAAGAGAAAUCCUCCGAAAACAGGGAAAGCGGGCGAGUACGGUUAUGUCGGCCAGCCCAACACGGUGCGGACCAACUUCACUACCAAACAGCUGACGGAACUGGAAAAAGAAUUCCACUUCAACAAAUACCUCACCAGGGCCCGCCGGGUGGAGAUCGCGGCUUCCUUGCAGCUGAACGAGACCCAAGUGAAGAUCUGGUUCCAGAACCGCCGGAUGAAGCAGAAGAAGAGGGAGAAAGAAGGCUUGCUACCUAUUUCUCCAGCCACUCCUACAGGGAGUGAAGAAAAAGCAGAGGAGUCCUCCGAAAAGUCCAGUCCAUGCCCUUGUACUCCUUCCCCGGCCUCCUCUACCUCAGACACUCUUGCUACCUCGAAUUGAACUACACACUGUUGCUCCUCCUUCAGUCCCCGCCCCAACUUACGCACAAUCGAAGUGUAAUUUUAUUGUGUUUGAACUGCUUUUUUAAACGUGUCUGAUCUCCCCUCCACCACCCUUCUCAAUUUGGUUCCAGGUAGUUUAUUUUUCCAACUGGCACCGGAAGAGGGAAACAAUCCCACACUCCGUUCUGGAGUCCCUUUGAUCUGGAAGCAAGUCUCUCUGAUUAGAAUGGAACUGUCUUCCAAAUCCGUGGGUAGAAUUCAGCAGGGUUCCUAAAACCCAGGGAAAGUAAUGGGAUGGGAUGUAGUCGGGACUAAUUUAAACCCCAUCUAUUUCAAUGGGAUCAAGGUCCAGCAAGCUUUGACUGGCCCACGGCCUUAAGAGGUUAUACUGACCAUACUGAGGGUAUCCUUUAUUCAACAUCACUCUUUCUUCCUCAGCUCUAAGGAUGAGAAUUUACUUAAUAUCUCUUUUCAUCUCUAAACUAUUUAUGGGAACAAUCAUACGGAUUUGUUAGGCCAGAAUACAGUUGCCCAAGGACAUUUCUGUAGGUUUUCCUCCAAGCAGAGACACAAAAGUCCUACUCAAUUCCACAAAGAGAUGCACUA